AUGAAUAUGUUGGAUGAUGAAGAUGACCAAAGCUUUCACGCUACGCGUAACGGCUACUCCCAUUUGAGCAAUGUCGAAUGGGAUGCAGUUGAGCGGAUGGGUUCAACCAUGGGCAUCCAUGCUGUUAGCGUCAUGCUGGAGGCUCUCGAUAGAGAUGCCCAACAUGCUACUAUCGCCAAGUUCAUUCAAAAUGAACUUGACGCUGAACGCGAGAAAGUUGCCUUGCUUCACCAACAAGGUUCUCAACAAGCAGAGUUGUUGAAUGAACAGGGUGCUCAACAGUUUGAACUGUUGAGACAGCAGCAGGCUGCUCCUGGCGGGUCGACGCAAGCGCAUCGACCCGAGACAUUGAAGAUUGACAUCUCCAAGUAUAGGGGGGUCGAAGAAGACUCCCUCUUGAGAUGGUUUGUCGAAUUAGACGACGCCAUAAGGGCGCGUCGCAUCGACGAUGGGGAUAUGCAAGUUGCAUUUGCCCAAUCAAAUCUGGCAGGACGUGCCAAGAAUUGGGCAUCGGGGCUCAAGUUGCACGACCCAUAUGCGUUUGGGUCGUUAGAAGUCUUCAAGUCGCGGCUCAGACAAACGUUUGAACCGCCUAGAGCUGCGUUCAGAGCUCGAACUGAACUCUUGAAGCUCAAGCAGGGUAAGCGUGAUGUGCACGCUUACGCUCAACAUAUACGACAUCUCACGAGUUGUAUAAGUUCCAAUCCGGUGGAUGAACACACGUUGGUUUCGGUGUUCAUGCAGGGUCUUGCGGAUGGUCCCGUCAAGACUCACCUGUUCCGACUUGAACUAGAUUCACUAGAACAAGCCAUUUCCAUUUCGGAACAGGGAGACUUCAGUCUGAGACAGGCUCGCGCCAGCUCGACAUCAUAUCGUCAACCGAGACGAUAUGACAACGGAGGUCCAGAGCCGAUGGAACUCUGUUUUGUAGAGAGCGAGAAGGCUCGCUCUACAGACUACAAGAAGUUGCAGAAAUGCAACAGAUAUCAAAAGACAGGACACUACGCUUACGAGUGUAGUGCCCUCGUCCAGUGUCUCGCGACACUGGGCGUAGUGACCGUCCACCCAUGA